AAUACUUGUUGAUUGACUAUUUUAUAUUUUUAUUCAAAUGGGACCUGGGUUACUGAUAACUAUGGUCCGAACGCCUGAAUCUUUAUGUUAUUCACUUAUUUGCUUCUAACACUUUUCUUCUGAGACCUCAUUCUAAUUUUCUCAUCAUUCAUCAAUCUCCUGAGUCCAAUUUUUUUCUUCUUUAUGUAAUUCUCACAACCGAUAUCUCUCUAAUUUCGCCUCCGAUUUCACGGAAGCAGAAUUGGUGCCUGAUUGCUCAAUCGAUCAAUUUGAGAAGCUGAAUCAGGCCCUUUAUUUCUCUAGUAACAUCAAAGUAAUUCCUGUGUCUCAGCAAUGGCGGCACCAUUUUUCUCAACACCUUUUCAGCCCUAUGUUUAUCAGAGUCCGCAAGAUGCAAUCACACCUUUUCAGAUUUUAGGGGGUGAAGCUCAGGUGGUCCAGAUAAUGUUGAAACCCCAAGAAAAAAUUAUUGCAAAGCCUGGUUCCAUGUGCUUUAUGUCAGGAUCCAUUGAAAUGGAAAAUUCCUAUCUUCCAGAAAAUGAAGUAGGCAUAUGGCAGUGGCUAUUUGGCAAAAACAUAAGUAGCAUCUUUCUUCGAAAUUCUGGACAAAGUGAUGGAUUCGUUGGAAUUGCUGCACCUUAUUUUGCAAGAAUUCUUCCGCCAGAUGCAUUUCUUUGCUCUGUCAAUGAUGUGAAAGUCGUCAACACAAUUGAUCAGAGGGGACGUAAUAUUGUUGCUGGUGCUGAGAACCUUGCACUGCCCUCAUCCAAAAAAAGCCCUAGCCAUCUAGCCUCCACCACCACUGCCGCAAGAAGUGGGACACUGUCGCCGUCCGUCGCACUCAGGAGCUUCCUCUUCGUCCUAUCGGCGUGCUCCAAGUCUCGGACCCCUGUUCGCUCCACCGAUCGCAGCUUCUUCCUCGAGGGAUUUUUGAGGCAGAAGAUAUCAGGUCAAGGGCUUGCAUUCAUACUUGCUGGUGGAUCUGUUCUACAGAAAAAUCUUGAGAGCGGUGAAGUUCUAGCAGUUGAUGUUUCAUGCAUUGUUGCUGUGACAAGUACAGUCAAUGUCCAAAUAAAAUAUAAUGGUCCUCCAAGAAGGACAAUGUUUGGAGGUGAUAAUGCUGUGACAGCUCUUCUCACAGGACCAGGCAUUGUGUUCAUACAAAGUUUACCGUUUCAUAGACUUUCUCAGCGAAUUGCUAGAUCGGUGACAUCUCCAAACAUGAGGGAAAAUCCCAAGUUUUUAAUACAGAUUGCCAUUUUCUUUUUCCUGGCCUAUGUUGUCAUUGUAUCUUCAUUAAUAUUGACAGAUGUAUGAAACUUAGUUAAGCUUUUUCCUUUUUCUUUAUUGUGGUAUUUCAACUUUUAUACCAUUUUAUGAUCAUAGAUACUAGGAAGGUGAGAAGAAGAAAUUUGAAUGUCUUGGAUUUGGUUAACAACAGAGUGCUUGAUGGUCGGAUUUUGACAAAGAAAAGCAUCCGAAUUAUAUCAUUGAUAUCUAUCACAAAAAUGUUCAUUUUAUCAGAAUAUUAAUCUA